UUGUGCACACAUGCUUCCAUCUACGACCAUACGCCGAUGAGAGCGUGAUUUCGAUCGUCUCGCCUACCACUACUCUACUCUACUGUCGUGUCCACGUCGUCGGUGCCGUCAACAUCCGGAUCAUUGCGCUCCAACUCCACGGGGCCGGGGGGGGGGGGUGAUCAGAUAAUCUUCCUUCCCCCCAAUCCCCCCCCCCGCGCGCGAUCUCGGGAACCAUGCAUGGCGAGGCCUUCCGCUUCUGCAGCGGCGGCCGCGCUCCGUGCCUGCCUCGGCGUCGCCUUCGCCUUCGCGCUGCUGCUCCUGCUCCCCUCCUCCGGCCUCCCGCGCCGCGCCCUGUCCGCCGACGAGAGCUGCCACGACGUCGCGCCCGGGUCUGACGGUGACCGCGGCGGCGGCGGCGGGUACGUCGACUACCUGUACCUCUUCUACUGCGUCCUCGGCGGCGGCCGCCGGCCCUUCCUCGGGUACGCCGCGCUAGCGGCGUGGCUCGCCGUGCUCUUCUACCUGCUCGCCGACACCGCCGCGGUCUACUUCUGCGCCAGCCUCGAGGGCCUCGCGCGCCUGCUCGGCCUCCCGCCGGCCAUCGCCGGGGCCACGCUCCUCUCGCUCGGCAACGGCGCGCCCGACGCGCUCUCCGCCAUCGCCUCCUUCGCCGCCGGGGGAGGGACGUCCGCCACCGUGGGGCUCAGCGGCGUGCUCGGCGGCGCCAUGUUCGUCUCCUCUGCCGUGCUCGGGGUCAUCGCCGUCCGCCUCGGCGGCCAGGGCGUCGCCGUCCACCGCGCCAGCUUCUUCCGCGACGCGGCCUUCCUCCUCCUGGCGCUCGUCGCCGUGGCCGUCGUCGUCGCCGUGGGCGAGGUCACCAUCUGGGCCGCCGCAGGGUUCGCCUCGCUGUACAUCGUCUACGUCCUCGCCGUCGCCUUCACCCCGGACCGGUGGAGCAGACGCCACGACGCGCUCGCGGAGGACGACCACGCGUCUCCGGCCACCGCCGCCGUCUUCUCGGAGCUCCACAACGUCACAGAGACCAAGUUCUACACCGACCAGGAGGCCCGAGAUCCGCUCCUCCCCGACACCGCGCCGCUACUCCAAUACUACGCCGACGACAUCAGCAGCAGCAGCAGCAGCAAGAGCGUGUUCUGGACCGUCCUGCGCGUGCUAGAGCUUCCGCUGAGUCUCCCGCGGCGGCUGACGAUCCCGGACGCGAGCAAAGAGCGGUGGAGCAAGCCGGCCGCGGUGACCGCGGCCACGCUCGCCCCGGUCUUCCUGUCCUUGCUCUGGAGCCACCGCGCCACGGGGAGCGCCCCGUUCGCUAGCGUCCUCCUCGGUGGCCUUGCUGGUCUCGCGCUGGGCCUCAUCGCCUUCCUCACCACGGACCCCUCCGCCCCACCAACCCGGUUCCUCGGCGCGUGGCUCGCCGGCGGGUUCGCCAUGAGCGUGGCGUGGGCGUACGUGAUCGCCAACGAGGUCCUGUCGCUGCUGGUCUCCGCCGGGACCAUCCUUUCCGUGGAUUCGGCGGCGCUGGGGGUCACCGUGCUCGCCUGGGGAAACUCCGUCAGCGACCUGGUAGCGAACGUGGCGGUGGCAUCCCGCGGCGGCGGCGCGCAGGUGGCUGUGUCCGGCUGCUACGGCGGGCCGGUGUUCAACGUCCUCGUGGGCCUGGGCCUGUCCAUGUUGCUGUCGUGCUGGAGCGGGUACCCGCGGCCCGUGGAGAUACCAAGGGAGCCCGGGCUCUACCGGACGCUGGCCUUUGUGGCUUCUGGGCUUUUGUGGGCCGUGGUGAUGCUACCUAGGAGAGGAAUGAGGGUGGACAGGACGCUGGGCUUUGGGCUCCUCGUCAUAUACUUUUGCUUCCUCUGUAUUAAUAUUUCACAGCUUAAGAAUGCACGAUAACAUAUUGGGUUUAUUAGGCUA